AUGUCUUACCUUAUCGGCUUCAUCGUUUUGUCGAGUUGGGCAGCUGUAGCUGUGGCGGUUCCUUUCAACACUUUUGCGAAAGAGCCGAGGCUUGAAUUUGAGUCAUCUGGCAGCAGACCCGAUGAACCUGUCCGGGGAAUAGUGAAUGUUGUGCGGAUGGACCCUCAUGCCUCGGCCCAGUCGGGGUUCCUCAGGAGAGGACUGACCCCCAGAAGAACCCACAGCUCCAGAUUGCCUUUCCCUGCCUUCCUGUCUCAUGGGCGUCCAGGUCAGGCCCUCAAGGCCCCUGUGAGUUCACUACACAACCUGCGCCCUAAAAACCCUCCUGAGAUGGAGCUGAAGAAGAAGCAGGGCCUGCAGAUGUGGCAGAGAGCUUUAGGUAAAGGAGGGAAGACGACUCUGCCAAUCAACCUGAAGGACACUAAACAGACUUGCACAGCAGUACCGUUCACUCAGCAUGUGACAGCAGAUGGAUGCGAAACAGUAACGGUCCACAACAAGCUGUGUUUCGGCCAGUGCAGCUCCCUCUUUGUCCCGUAUGAAGGGGAGUUUGCCGGCCUGAGUCCUGGUACUGGGGCCUUUCAGCGCCGGGCCCCCUGCUCCCGCUGCGCCCCAUUCAAAGCUCGCACCGUCACCGUGCCUCUGCGCUGUGGAGCUGAGCUCAGGGAGAAGAGAGUGAUGCUGGUGGAGGACUGCAAGUGUGAGAUGAGCCGAGAGGAAAGGAGCACCGAGACUGCAGCUAACACUCACCUGUAAAUGUGUUACCGUGACGGGAUUACAUGAUGCUUUUUGUUUUCUGAAUACAGUCAUUUGCACCAGUUAAAAAAUUGACAUAAAAGGGCGGGUGCUUUUUUUUUUUCACUUAGAUUAA